GCGUGCGCGCUGAUUCUCAAUGGGACGAGCUUGUGGCAGCAGCGCCGUGGUAUGGCUGGCGAUGCUCCUGGAAGCGACGGCUGUGUGUGCCAUGGUCAUGCCGGGACUUUGCCCGACGCUAAAAGAGAAGGACGAGUUUGAUCUUCACAGGUUUAUGGGGACCUGGUACGAGGUACUGAGGACACCGUUCAUCAUCGAGUACAUGGUGAAAUGCGUGAGAUUCCAUUGCUUGGACAAAGGCGAAGAGAACAGCGUAGGUCUUAAGGUUCUUGGUGAAAGAUCACCUGUUGCCGCAGUGUUUACGACCGGCGACAGAGGUGACGGCCUGUCUAUUGAUGGAGAAAUUCUUACGAGAGACGCCAACAGUCCAUAUGGAAUAAGACUGAAAGGAGCCUCGUUCCACUACGCUUCUCCCAUGAUAGUCUUGGACACAGACUACGACAAUUACGCCGUGCUGUGGGCUUGCGAGAACAACAUCAUCAGCGGCAUCGUUCGCAGAGAAAAUAUAUGGGUUCUCUCAAGGUCACCGACGCUAAAUGCCACGAUGCAAAACUUUAUCAUGGACCACCUGAAGAAACAGACCUACAGCACAUACUUCCUUAUGCCAACUGAACAAAAAACAUGCAAGGGCCAUCCUGUACGGGAAAAUGCAGCCGCGAAAGGGUCAAAUGGAGAAUAAAUCACGGUUUCAAUAAAACUUCAA